AUGGCCUCAGCCUCGGCCGCCGCCGCCUUCGUCCCGCGCCUGCGCUUCCCCCUGUCCGAAUCCAUUCCGCGCUCCUACUACCUGGGCCACCACCAUGCCGGUCUCCGCGAGAUCACAAACCGCCUCUCGAGCAUCGGUCUUGUUCUCGAGUGUCGAGACUACCGCGUGCCCCUGACGUCCUGGAACCCCCACCUCGACCGCGCCGUCGCCGGCCGCAACCGCAUCAUCGUCUACACCCACCGCGACCUGGGCACCGACAGCCCGCACUCGGUCGAGCGCGACCUCCGCCGCUACCACGCCGGCCACAACGCCGCCAACAGCGCCGUCGCCGGCCACCGCGUCGUCUUCUGGCGCAAGGACGACCCGAGCAGCACAAAGGCCCUCCUGCGCCACGUUGCCGACGCCGCGCGCGCCGUCGACUCGCUGACCGGCGUGCGCGCCCUCGUCGUCGGCAUGCCCAACGUCGGCAAGAGCACCCUCCUCAACCGCCUGCGCACCCACGGCAUGGCCAAGAAGGCCUCGGUCGCCCGCACCGGCGCCCAGCCAGGCGUCACCCGCAAGCUGUCGAGUCCCGUGCGCAUCCUCGAGGGCGGCGGCAGCUUCGCCCGUGACGCCGCCAGCAGCGCCAGCAGCGCCAGCAGCGCCAGCAGCGCCAGCAGCGCCGACGGCGGCAGCCUCGGCGAGGGCGUCUUCGUCCUCGACACGCCGGGCGUCUUCAUGCCCUACGUCGACGACGCCGAGGACAUGGUCAAGCUGGCGCUCGCCGGCUCGGUCAAGGACGACCGCAUCCCGAUGGAGAUCCUCGCCGACUACCUCCUCUACCGCCUGAACCGCCUCGACCCGGCCCUCUACGCCCGCUACAGCCCGCCCACCAACGAGGUCAACGACUUUCUCGCCGGCGUCGCCCGCCGCACCGGCAAGCUCAAGGCCGGCGGCGUGCCCAACGUCGAGGCCGCCGCCGACUGGGCCGUCAAGCAGUGGCGCGCCGGCCAGCUCGGCCGCUUCAUCCUCGACGACGUCAACGACGACGCCAUCCGCCUCAAGGAGAUGGCGCGCGAGGGCCGCGGGCCCACGAGUCUGAGCCAGGCCCGCAAGAGGGAGAAGGAGAUGAGGCGGGAGAGGGCCAUUAACAAGCAAAAAGCCCUUUGA